GGGUUUCAGAAGGGAAAUGGUUAUUUUGUUUGUCUCCCUGUUUUUUUUCCCGACAACAAUAUUAACUCAACACUCAGAUACUGUGGUCGGCUGUGGUGGCUUUAUAAGAUGGAAAGAAGCUCAUCCCGAUUCUGUACUUGAUUUCAGAAAGCUGAAAAUAAGUCUGUUCUCAGAAACUACUAGCACAUUAAAAGAUGUAACCGAUGUUCUCCCUAACGGAGCUUAUUCUGUUCCGUUAUAUGAUGAGGGCGUUUACAGGAUUAGGUUAACUACUCCUAAAGGCUGGCAUAUUGAACCGUCUGAUGGCUACGUUUUGGAUUUGGAGAAAGAUCCGAGGGCUUGUUUCAAAGAUUUUGACUUCAGCAUAGUUGGAUUCUCAAUUUUCGGGCAGGUAACUACUUCUGGAAUGAAGACCGGGCCACCUGGUUUAUCAGUUCGAUUAACUGACCCUACCUCUCACAAACCAAUGCUUCAUAAUUUUACACAGGAUCAAGGUCAUUUCAUGAUAUCUCCUGUGACUCCUGGUAACUAUUUAUUGACCGUCAGCAAUCAAGAUCGUAGUGAUAAAGAUCAUACAAGAGCAUCUAUCAAUAUUAAAGUCCAGUCUGAUAGUAUCAACUUGCCAGAACCAAUCAUUUUACUUGGUCAUUUUCUCCGUGGACGUGUGACAGACUUCAAUCAGAAUCCUUUGGCCGAUGCAAAAGUUUUCCUGUUAUGUGAUAAAGAUAAGACAUUAUCGAAAUCCUCCACCACUCUAGACAAGUCAGUCUAUUCACAUAUAGUCGAAGCACUUGGUGAAAUGCAUUAUAAAUUUUUAACAAUACAAGAGUCUUCAACAGACUCAGAUGGCUAUUUUACGUUUGAUCGUCUACCGGGCGGCAGUUAUCUUCUUGUACCCUUAUAUACGCCUAAGAAGUCCGGGGUCGUUUUUUCAUUUACUCCGAAAUUCCUCCCGGUAGCAAUGGAGCACACAGAUGUGGAUCUUGGGCCUGAUACGUUUACAUUGCAAAGCUUCAAACUUAAUCCAGGACGUAUCACGUGGCCGAACGGUGUUCCGAUAUCAUCAGCUAAGAUUACAAUUACUACUAAUACAUCACAACAAUCUGUAUUAACAGAUGGUAAUGGAUUUUAUCAACUGAAUCACGUAAUUGCAGGGGACUAUAAAUUUCAGGUCGAAGUAGAAAACGCUUUCUUUGAAGCUUAUUCAAUAAAUCUAAAUCAUUUACUAGAAUCUCUUCCAAGCUUAGUUCCUGACAAGGUUUCUGUAUGUGGAAACUUAAUCCCAGCUGAUACAUCAUCAGAUUUAAAACUUAAAGUAUACAUCGUUGUUCGUAGUGUUGACAACAAUUCUGAAAUCAAACGAGUUGAAACAAAUCUAGAAGAUGGGAUAUUUAAAUUCUGUGCUUUUCUUAAUCCUGAACGUUAUUCAUUACAUCCAGAUGUUUCACUGUUUGGAGUAAAUCAACAUUCUGAUAAAAUACUACGAUUCACUCCUUCGGAAAUAAUGGUUGAUCUAACUGGUUCUCCUGUAGUCAAUGUAACAUUUUCUCAGUUUCGAGCUAAAUUGUUUGGGAGAAUUAAUUGUUUACUUCCAUGCUCUUAUUACAAGACACCGGUUUAUGCUCAACUGACUUCACUGCACUCAAAUACAAUUCAGCCAAAAAUAUAUGAAUUUAUACCUAGUAAAACUAACUUGCAUGUAGCUUUUUUCAAAGCUGAAGAGAUGCUUCCAGGUGAUUAUGCUAUUCAGGUUGUUUUCUAUAUGGGCUCUUCACUUACUACAAUAAACAGUUGGUGUUGGGGUCACCAUGAAAAGACAGAUAGUGGGGAAUUUCAACCGAUUGAAUCUUCCAAGAGAAUUCUUCAUAUACGUUCUGAUGAUUUACAUUAUGAUGAUGAAUCAGCUCUUGAUUUUCGUCAAACCGGGUUUCUUAUUCCAGUACAAUUUGAACUACCGAAUUAUGUUACAAGAGUGCCUACUGUGCUUUUGUUUGCUUCAAAUUACGUCAAGGAAAAUAAUACGACAGUUAAAAGUUCCAUAGUAUGGAAUUUAACUAAAACAUGUAACAGAAUUUGUCUACCUUCACCUGAAAAAGUUUAUAAAAUUAGCUUAUCUAGCACAUGCACUCGAGUCAGACUAUUACAAGCCACUGAAAUAAAUCCAUCAAAAGAUUGUCACCUUACACUGAAUUCUAGCGCUAGGAUCCGCAUCGGCGUAGAAGAACUGCCUGUUGUUAUUCAUCUAAAACUCGAUGAAGUGGCCGCAAAAUUUUUCGAUGAUCUCAAGGAAGUUUUCGAUUCUCCUUAUUCAUUCCAAAUAGAAGAUUUUACUUCCAAUACAUCUGUAACACCUCGAUCAAAACUAGUUGAAACAUUUUGGUCUAAAUCAUCUCAAAACAUCGAGUCGGUAUCUGCAACAGGAGUGUUCUGGCUUAAUAUCAGAAACACAAUUCGCGUUACUCCUAAAUCACUGAAUUUAAAGCAAAAUCAUAUGGUUCAUUUGAUAACAUAUCCGUCUAGUCAAGAUAUUAAUCUUCAAUCCGACUCUGAACAACAACAAAAACAAAUUGAUGAUAUUUCAUGUAGUUUAACUAUCCCUAUAGUUAACCCCUCUAAAUCUACUGUAAAUGAUGUAUAUUCAUUAUGUUUAUCACUUUUUGUUGGACAAAAUGUUGAAUUCAGCCUCACGAUCUCUGUCAAUCUUAGAGGUCGUAUCGAUCCGCCUACUGAGAGGGUUAAUAUUGAAUUAUUCAAGAAAUUGCCUCAAAUGUCAGAAAAGUCUCCAACUUCUGUCGAACACGAUCAUCUCUUACUACCUGUGAAUAGUGAAUCCGAAUUGGUAACUAAAACGGAAAAAGAAACUAAAUCAUCUGAACCAAUUGCAGUCACUCAGUCGGAUAGUCAAGGUUUAUUCUCUUUUAAUGCUCUACCUUUAACAGAUUACGAAGUAUUCAAUAUUAAAUCUAUAUUUGAGGUUUCUAAAAUGUAUCAGAUUUUAUUAUCUAAAGCUGGUUACAAGUUCGAUAUCAUUAAUAAAACAGAUGUAAAACACCAAUUGACAGGUUUCGACUGGUAUGUAAAAUCAACUAGACUUUCUCUUGUUGAAGUGUUUGUCUAUAACUAUCCUGUUUCAGAGGAUUCACGUCAACCAUUACCAGCUGUAUUGAUUUCCAUUAUUGGAGAAGGACAUCGUGCAAAUCAUUUAACAAAUGAUGAAGGCGUUGUACGCUUUGUCGGUCUAUCUCCUGGACAGUAUUAUGUACGUCCAAUGAUGAAGGAGUAUUCAUUUACUGUUAAAUCUCCUGAUCAGUCUGAAUCUGGUCAAGCUAUUCCUGUACAGGUAGAAGAAGGAAAAUCGGCUGUCAUCAUAUUGUCUGCACUUCGAAUUGCUUUUUCCGCUUCAGGAGUUGUUACUUCGUUAGCUGGUAUCCCAGAGUCUGGUGUUUUAGUUGAAGCAUCCUGGUUACCUGGAACACAAAAUACUAUACAUAACGAUUUGUUGCACUUAAAAUCAAAUAGCAACAUGACGUGCCAACUUCGAUAUGAUCAAAUUAAUAUUAUUCCACGGGAACAAUCUGUAACGGAUUCAAAUGGCAAUUUUCGUAUUAGAGGUCUUAUGCCAGGUUGUGUAUACAGGAUCUCUGUACAUAUAAAUCCUAAUAUUUUAUCAAAUCCUAUAUUGGAUCAAGUGACAAGGGAAUCAAGUAAACUAUCUUCUCGCAACGAUGUUGAACAUGCAGUUCCUGAUCAUGUAAAUUUGCAGAUGCUAACCACUGACACAAAUGGACUACAUUUCUACAUAAUUCGUCACCUUUGUACUUCUUUGGUAUGUUUGAUUCUAAAGCAUUUCUUGUUUAAAUAUAACAUUGAGUGUAUCCAAGAUCUGUACUCCAACAGUAUGCCUAUUUCAUGUAACUAAUAUGUUAUCCAUUUAUUUCCUAUACAGCGACUCAUCGCUGUUAUGCUUGUUGUCCUUAUUCCCUUCUAUAGACGUCAGUUAAGAUCGGUCCCAAUGGACGGGUCAGAGCAAUAUGGUCCGUAGGAUAGAUCAGUUGGUUUUAAAUAGUGUGUUAUCUUACUGACCGACCAACCCUACAACUCUUCAAAAAUAUUUACUUUUCAAUUUGUUAAUAUAACUAUCAAAUCCACUGAACGAGUAUAAAGAAAGGUUUACGACAUCAGUCGGAAUUUUUUCAGACGUACUUAACCAUUGGUGUUUUCUGCAAGUUCACCUACUUCAACUACUUUUUCCUUUAUUAUACAAUGUGCCGUAAUUUUAACAUUAGGCUUUCUCAUUAUGUUAAAAGAGUUGUAAAAAGAAAGCUUACCGAAAACUCUUGUGUUUCUAUAUAAGUUCUCUACUAUUUAAUACCACAUAAUUCUGAUUAGCUUCGUCUUAUUGGAUAAUGUAAACCAAAUAAUGUAAGUACAAAAGUAUGAAUCCAAUAGGUAUUUUCAUGAUUUGCUGAAGCAUAGUUUGACUGUUAUUCCCAAUGACUGCUGUUUUAGUCUUUUACGAAUGCUUCAAAAUUUUAUGAACUAAUUGGUACAUAGUAGUAAUUCUCUCCUAUUUCAUUACUCGAAAUUCUUUUUUUUCUCCGUUUAUCCUAUAGAUUACUGUUAAUGUCCAAACUCCUGAUAUUUACCUGCCUACUUUACGAUUAAUCGUAUUUCCUGUUGGUCAUCCAGAAAAUAUUGUUGCUAACAUGACUUCGGUAUAGAUUCUUCAUUAUUCAGUUUGUCCGGAUCCAAACUUAUUCCAAUGAUUGGGUGUGUUAACAAAUGAUAAUUGUAUAUCCAUCCACUUUAUCUUAAACUUUUGUGCGUAUCAAUGUUACAAUGCAAUCUCCUCUUAUUGUUUCAUACCUAGCUAGAGCAAUCAUUAAAAGACAUAUUUCUUGUAAAUUAAUACGUAUUUGCAUGUGCUCCAAAUAAACUCCAUGCUUCUUAUAUUCGUUUCAGUCUAACAGUGUUUAGUAGGUACAGGAACUUAAUACUUGCUAUAAAAAAACUUACAGAAUGCAUCUACGUUAUUUUGACUUAUUUUUGAUCUCCACCCUGACUUAAGUGACGUGACAUUGACGUAUUCAGAUCUAUGUUUUUCUAUUGACUAAUAAGUAUUUUGACUUUGUUACGUUGUACUAUUUAAACUUAUUUAUUUAUUUUAACACAUAGAUAUUGGUACAAGGAGGCACCAAAUACAUAUGCGCCACACAAAUCUCAUUUGAUGUGUGUGAGGGCUGUGAUACUACCGGGGUGCCCAGACCGAAGCAGGUGGUUUACUUAGGAGCCUUUGACCUGAAGGUCUGACCUACAAGGCAGUGGAGCAUCGUGAGGAGAUGCAGUCCCAUGGUAGCCGGUGACCAGCGAUUGGUUCAUACGCCAUUUGUUCCUUCAGGAUACUGGAGCCCAUGUGCACCAUUGGUUUGGGAUCUGAUUAAAGCGCCGGACAUUCGCUUUUCAUCCUCAUUUUCGUAAACAACAGUAAUGCCACGAGAAGGCAGUGAGUAGGACUUCCCUGGUAGAAGCACGUGAGAGCAUUUCGACAGGGAGAGCUGACUCUCCCCACUCUCGGCCGUACCAGGACAUUUGGGGGCAUUUAAACUUAAAUAUAUUUAAUUUGUUUGUCCCGUCAAAACAUGGCUUAUAUUGAAUCAAGAGAAGUCAAAAUGUCUUAUUUUCUACUCAUUGGAAUUUUACAUGUAUAUCAUUAUUUUUAUUAUUAACUAUCUACUUAAUCCUCAGUUUAUUAAAACUGUCAGGUCAUACCUUGAUAAUCAUACCAACAUGAUUACAGUCAUCCUUCUAACUUAUAAUUAACUAGUUUCUUCAUUCAUUGUAAGAAAUGUUACCUUACAAAGUCAUUAUUCUAUACUACCUCAUACACUGUUACUACUUCCGCUACUGUGACAUAUGUUUUAAUAUCGUGUGAUAACGUGAACCGAUACACCUUUGUACUAGACUCUACUUUACAUAAAACUGAUUCACUAGAAGAAGUAUAUAUCAGUUAGUGUAAUUGCAUUCAAAGAAUUAAUUAGUUAUACUUUUUUUGAAUUGAUUUUCCUUACAUUAAAUCACCAUCAUUUACAACCAGCUAAUUUAUAGUUUCAUUAAUGCCUGAAUAGUAACACUUUUUUUUUCUAAAUUUAUUUUAUAGACGAGAACAUGUGAUACGUUUAAUAUCAGAUCUUGAACCUAAGUUUUAUAUCAAUGCUAAUGCACAGAAUAUUAUUUUCAAACCAAAAUGGAAUGUUAGUGAACAUUUUAAUUUUCAAUUCCAUCCUAAACUACGUACUACACUAAGUGAUUAGGUAUGUAUUGUUAUUCAUAGUUUGAUUGUAUAUUUUUUUUUAAUGAAUUUUUAGAAGGAUAUUGCUUCAUCUAAAAUUUAUUCUUUUUAUUUUGAAAAGUACAUAAAUGUAGAUUGAAUGUUGUUUUUGGAUCGUCUUUGAAUGUAAUAACUGAAGUAAUAUGUAUAUCAUACUAUCAUUAAUAAUCUUUUAUUCAAUUCCUCUAGAUAAAAAGAAAUUCUAAAGUACAAUAAUAUUUAGUGUUUUAGGAAUUAUUUCUGUUAAGAUAUGACGUUGUAUGUGAUUAGUACAUCUCAUUGAAUAAUUUGUUUUAAAAAAUUUUUAUAACUGUUUCUUCAACAUAAAGCAUUAUACAUGUUCUACAAUAUUUGUUUCACAUUUUCUGAAACCUACUAUACGUCUUAAACGAUACAAAUAAAAGUUGUAGAGAACUGCACAUAAUGUUUGUUGUUGUUGAUCGACAGUUUUCAUCUAUAGUUUUCGAUACUGGGUCUUUCUUAGUAAUACACAGCUACUUAAUUAAUGACAGAUAUAAAGAAUGUGAUUUAAGACUUAUAAAGCUAGUGUCAUUCAACCAAUCAACAAUCCUCCGGUUUGUAUGUUUCUUUUCAAGGGAAAUAUAUUAAAAUACGCAUGAAAUCUUUUUUGAAAGCUUAAAGCAUUACACAACAGAUCAUGUUUCUAAUACAUGGUUAUUACUGUUUAAAUCAUUGACAAAAUAAAGUACAUUUCCAACGAUCAAUGUUAGUUUUUUUUUGUUUUUCAUUGCAAAUUUUAUGUUAUUUUCACGAUAUUUUAGGUUAAUAACUUCAAUAAUGGAUUGUCUUACCAUCUACUUGUCGAUUUAUGUCUAGUAUUUGUAUGUUUCUUACUUUGUGCUUAAUAAAUUGUUCUUUUUUUCUGUAUAAUCUGGUAUAAUCUUCUUCCGACACAAUAUACAUGUGUACAAAUAUAUGAAACUUGUUUUAUUUUAUCAAAUAAUAAUUUAUAACUGUC